UUUGAAAAUUUCUGUGACAUUCCGACACUUAUGGCCACAGUACGUCACGCCUAGACACGCUUUGUCACUUAAUAUAUUUAAUAUGUAUAAUUGAAGAUAAUGGAGUGAACAGUGAUGAUUCGAGUGAUAUGUCGGAUAGCGAUGGUCUGUGAGGAGUGGAACAAUUGGAAGAGGACCGAAGAGUUGCGAAGAAGAUGAAAUCAUCUAAUACUCUCCGCAGUGUUGAUUUUCUAGUGAUGUGUAGCGUUGUGAAAUCGACAUUCCUGUGUUACAUGCCGUGGUGAUAUUUUAUUUGGAAUGUACUGUACGCUGCCUGCUGCCAUCCCUUCCAGCAACCUUCUGGAGAUUGCAUCAGACAGCACCAGGUGGCAACACUGCUGAUAAUCAUGGAAAUAUAGAAGGGCCGGACAACAUGACGUAAUAACUGCUGCCAUCUGCUGGCCGCAUGACGUACCUACCAUGACGGCAAACCCGUCGGUGUAUCAAGCGGGGUGCGUGAGGGGUCGCCCUUUGUCAACAAUAGAGCUCCUCGCCCCGGACAAAACAGACGCAGAGGCUGAAGAUGGAAGGCGAACCAAUGAAGACCUUGUCGGGAUUUUCACCCUCUGCGAGAACGCCGCCGGAAUUGAGAACGGGGCGUUCGAACUGGGAUCGACGCUCACAGUCGACAACAGCCAGUCGAGAGCCUCGUACCGCGAGUUCACACUUCCCGGCGAAAAUAAGGGCUUUGAAAUCGUCGGUGGCCGAGAAAUUAUCGCGGAGCAAGGCGACGACAAUCACGAACACCGACAAUCCGGAAGUGUCGCGACAGAAAUUCAACAAUCAGAGGACGUGCAAAGCCAGUCGACGCUUUCCACGGAAAACUGCAAUGUCAAAACAAGUGAAGAUCUGCGCGCCAACAUUGAUAUGAACACCGGAGCGACAAUCAAAGGCCACGAGGCACUGAAAAGCGGCAGAGGGUCCCCUGUGAGGUCGAGUUGGCUGCUUGACGGCAACGUCAGAAGGAGGGACGACACCGUCUGGAGGCGGCGGAAGACGGAUCCCUCCGGGGAGUUAUGUGCCAACUACUCUUACCACCGCGACUACCAAGAAGCGCUGUCGUCGCUUCUCUGGGAACCAUAUGAAUGCAGGCAGCCAGAAAUGUCUCCCCACCAAUCAGCGUUUGGGGUCGGAAGUGCAGUCGACGACGCCGACGUUUCGGUGUGGUUGUACCCCCCACAGUCGUCGCCAUCGUCGUCGCCCUCGUCCUCCGUGUCCUCAGGUUCUUCGUCGGCGGUCAUCGGGACAGUGACUAUUGUUGGCGACGGACGCCUGUGGAGCAAGGCCGCCAGGGACCCGUCAAGCUCCUCCCUGAGGGCUCUGAUUCUAUCGAACAGCAGUAGCAAGGACGACGAAUUGGCAACACCGCUGCCGACCGGUAACAAUGGUUUCAAUAGAAGCGAAGUGCGGUCAGAACCGGUAGAUGGCAGCUCCAGCUGCGGCAGCGAUAAAGUUGGCAACGUCACUGACGACCCAAAUCAACAAGAAGAAGUAGAGGAAUCGCGAAGAAGACGCAGUUCUUGCGAGGAUGCGGUUGGUGACCUCAAUACGCGGUGGGCUGUAACAGCUCCGCCAGAGGCGCUGGUGUCGUCGUCGGCGGAGGACCGCUGUGAGUUGUGUUGGCAGGAGUGCAGCCAGUGUGAGGCGAGGCAGGCCAGAAUGCUGGUCAGUGUCGAGGGCUCGGAUGCCAGUGCUGUUGUUAGUGUUAGUGCUAGUGGUGCAGUGACAACGACCAGCAGCAGUGUUAGUGUCGUCAGUUGUUACCGUGCAGUGCCAGCUGUAGUGUCGGCCGUGCCCACGAUCUCGUGUCUCAACGUGUCACAUGUCAACGUCGAGGCGGGUGUCAGUGCUGCCAGGGGCAGGACUUUCGCGUCCACCGAGGCUCAGACCGACGACGUUGUGGUCGAGCCUGUGACUCCGCCCUCGAGGGCCAACAACAAUCGGGAACAGAGACGCCGUGAGCGACGGGAGAGGCGCCACCAGCGACGCGCCAACAACUCCAACCCCCCGCAGCAGCACGAACCCCUCUGGCAGACACUGGUCGUGGAACAGCCCCCCGUGGGCAGCGCCGGGGAGAGGUUGCCGGACAUACUGAACUCGCACCUCCCGCCACCCUAUUCCACUUUGCCUCUUGGACUUCCGCCCCCGAGCCAUGUGGUUCAUCCUCAUCUUCAUCACCCGCCUCCACCGCCACCUCCAGUGCCGCCUCCCUUACCUGUUCCAGUGCCACCUCCGAUGGCUGUGCCUGUCACGACUGCCGCCCCCGGAUCUCCACAUCACCACCACCAUGGAGGGAUGAGGUUUCCCUUCCAGAUCACCGCCGGCGGCAGAAGAAGAUCACCGCGCGGGCAACACUACACACCCGAGGAGGAGCCCAAGUCCUGCUGUGGCGUGGUGGUGACGCGGACGAUCUCCAUCCGCUGGUUCAUCAUCCUCAUUGCAGUCGUCGGGAUCAUCUGUGCUGUGGUUGGCACCGUUCUAGGGGCCAUGAAGGCAAGCGGGCGCGAACAUCUGACAGUCUCCCUCCUCAUGAUAG